UCCCAUACCCAUUCCAUCCCUUUAAAUCUAGACAGAGCCUUGUGAUUCCCAUUAAAACUGAUAGCAACAGUGCAAAUUCCCUAAACUGGAAAGAAGAUCAAGAAGCAACGAUGGGUUGGAAAAGCACACUUGUCACUAUUUUUAUUAUUCAGCUAACUUCGUUGGGAGGGGGACAGAACACUCACCCUGACGUACUGCUGGGAUCAGACUUUCCUCCAGCCAGACCUUCGUUGAAUAACCUAAACGCGAUCUGUCUUCAUGGCAAUGGCCGCUCCAGAUAUCCCGCCAGCUAUUUUCCGCCCUCAGGCUACGCUUACGCUCGUCGUGCUGGAAAAGCAAUAAACAGAGUAGAGGCAUGGUUUAGUGAUUGCUGCUUUGGUGGUGUGGCUCAAGGGAAUGAACAGAUCCUUUGCUGUGCCAACAAGGCGUGGGAGACUGCCCUAUCCCAUUUCUGUAUUGAAGAGUUCUCAACCAUGACCCUGCCCCAUAAGUGCUGUGAGAAGAAGGGGGAAGACAGGUGGAACUGCUUUGAAAGACUGGCUUCUAACCCCUCCUACCAACCCCUACCGGGCUACAUUGCCCCUGUUAUACCACCUGACCGGAUUUUCACCUGGGACCCCAAUACCAGUUAAAAAUCUAAAUGAAAAAUUAUUUUUAGUUCUUAAUGCCACAUGAGAACUUUUGAUUGAUUUAGCAGCACAAAAGUCCAAAUGUCGACUUCCAUCUCUUGGAGUUAUUGCAGUUUUCUGGAAACGUCCUGCCAAUUGAUUAACCCCUUACAUUCUUAAUAGACUGAGUAACAUAGCCAACUGUGGAUCAGUAUUCAGGGUGUAUCAUGUAAUUUAAACAUGCUUAGUGUAUUAGAGCUGGAUUAGAACAUUGUAUAUUACUAUAUAUAACAUCAGAUGUAUCACUCUGUGUCACAAAAUAUAAUUUGGUUAUACCAGUUGCAUUUAAGAGACCUAACACAUGCUUUCUAUAAUGUGCAAAAUAGAUAAAUAGUGGGCAAAUAGACUAAAGAAAUCUUACAUAAGCAGCCUUACUGUUUGAUGUUUAAUGUAUCCUUUGAGAGAAAAAAUAUUGCUUCUGAGGCUUGAUCUUUCACUUUAAAAAAAAAAAAAAAAAAGUAUUAAUAUGGUAGAUGAAUUGGAAAAAGAGUCCUGGACAAAUCAACACAGAUCAGCAACUGCUAUGUUUUAGUUGAAUGCAACAACAUCAUGGAGUACUAAAAAUAUAUUGUAUUUGUACAAUUACAAUAAAGAGUCUGACUUGACCUGA